AUGGCAGACACAAAAGACUAUCCCAACCUCGAGGCUGUCAUUUCAACUGAUCAUAUUGAAAAGCCCCAAGCAGACCACCACGAUGGACACGGCCAUAUCGAGGGAAACGCGCUGAUUGUCGACACAAAGGGCGAGAUUCGAAAGAUCCCCGUUCCCUCCUCUGAUCCCAACGAUCCCCUCAACUUUCGACCAUGGGAGAAGUAUGGCAUUGUUUUUUGCUGCUGUUGGUUUUCCAUCAUGGGUCUUUCUGUUGCUAGUGGACUGGGUGCUAUUCUAAACGUCUUCUUCGAGGCGUAUAUCCCACAGGGCUACAACUCGGAUCAAGUUGUUCUUCUUAUUACUUUGCCGACUUUGUUCAUCGGUCUUGUUGUUCUCUUCGCGUCCAGCAUUGCAGCAGCUGUGCAGAACAGUUACAAUGGCCAUCUCGCCUCUCGUAUCAUCCAGGGUAUCGCAACAGGCGCAUCCGAGUCUCUUCUACCCCUCAUGCUCACCGAAGUCACCUUCCUCCACGAGCGAGCCUUUAUCUUUGGCCUCUACUGGAUGCUUCAGAACGCUUUCUCCUCGUCGCUCAACUUGGCGUCUUCAUACAUCAAUGCUGAUCUCGGAUGGCGCUGGUACUACUGGGUUUUCACCAUCACCGUGGGCGUUGGGUUUAUCCUCGCCAUCUUCCUUGGUUUCGAGACUCAGUCCACCCGUCCGGCUGCUUCGCUCGAUGGCCAGCUUGUUGUUACAGAUGAGUUUGGUGUUACAAGGGUUAUUCCUGAUUCUGAGGCCCAGGCUUAUCUGGAGGAUAUGGCAAGAUCUGGAUUGACGCCUCCUGGUGCCGGGGUCAUUGAGGAUGCUGAUCGCAAGACAUACGCGCAGCGUCUUCGACCGUGGUCCAAGCCAUCUUCACAGCCAAUACGAGUCAUUCUUCUAAGCUGGAAGUACAUGGCUGCUUCAUUCUCGUCGCCUGGUAUUUUAUACGCCGUUCUUACUUCGUCUAUCGCUCUUGGUUGUGGUGUGGGCAUGUCUUUGACUUAUAACCAAGUCUUGAUGCAGAACUACCACUGGCAAGCCAAGGAUAUCGGUCUAAUCAACGUCGGCGGAGCCAUUGGAGCCGUCAUUGCCAUGCUAUACUGCACACUCUUCGCCAACCCAUUCGUCAUGUGGAUGGCCCGUCGAAACCGCGGUAUUCACCAGCCCGAGCACCACCUCAUCACCAUGGCCCCUCCUGCAGUCGUCGGUGUAGCCAUGCUUCUUCUCUACGGCUUCACUGCCGGUGGUGGAUCGACUUGGUGGGGGCCGUACCUCGGCUGGACCAUUUUCCAGUAUUCCUUCACGGCUGUCAUUAUUAUUUCUACCACUUUUGCCUCUGAAGCGGCACCCAAGCAUCCUGGCCCGGCCAUUGUCACUGUGGUUGGUACAAAGAAUAUCGUCUCCUUUGGAGUUACAUAUGGCUUGACCCCGAUGAUUGAACAACAUGGCUACAAGUGGGCUUUCGGUGUCUUGGCUGGUAUCUUUGGUGCCAUCUUUUUGUUGGGUAUCCCUGUUUGUAUUUGGAACCCUAAGUGGCGUGCCUAUGUUGCUGAGAGGGAGGCACGAAAAGGUACUACUACUACUGACUAG